UUCGAACCCCUCUUGACUCAUUCCUGAAAUUUAUAUAAUGACCACUUCCACUCGACUGAAGUUGAAGCUCAUCAACCCAAACCACUUCAUUAUUCCAACACACGAUCGUCUCAUAUUUGUUUAUCAGGUCAAAGAUCUUUCUCAAUCAACUACAAUCAAGAUGCCUUUUCAACCAAUUCCAUUCGAAACCAUCUUUCAAGAAGAGAUGAACAUUCUCCCUUCCAUCGAGCCACUUUUGAUGCCCUUGAGCGAAAUUUCAGAGUCUUUUGGUGUGACUGAAAUGCCCGGCGUAAGAUAUUGCACCUCAUAUAACUGAGGUUUGAUUGAUACUAAAAGAGAACUAGAUGCCCGGUGUCAGAUGCCCAACUUGCCUUGCCAAUGGGAAGGAAGUUUGGGUCAUCCCAGGAAGAGCCUGCGGCGCUUGUGGUACUGGCUGUUAGAUCAUCAGGUACGUACGUAACUUUUGGACCAUCCAUAAUGUUACUAACAUUAUACCCAGCUUGGGAUUUCAGUCUGAAAAGCUUCCGAAAUACCAUCGGGCGAACGGCCAUUUUAGAUUUGGAAGGGCUGGAAGGUUAAAUCCUGACUCCAUUGGAAGGCCAAGAAGAAUAAGUUGUGAUUGAGGGACGUAAUCGGAUAGGUUAUGCUUUGUCGUUCAGUCGGAAGGAGGUAAAAAAGUUUUGCUUUUUUAUAAUCUAGCAAGAAUACAAAAGUUUGCGGCUUCAAUACCACCUCAAGCGUGACGAAAC